UUCCCUAUCAAUCAAACCAAUCUGGGCCGCACAGAAUAAUGCUUAGGGCAAAAGCUCGGGAGGUGGGGAGGCCAGUGGAGUUCAUGUAGCAUUGAAUAGAUGACCGGAGCCAAGGAAGAUGGAAAUUACUCGAGGAAAAAAAAAAUGUCGGCGUUUUAGGGAGAGGAGGAGGAGGGGGGUGGGAAAGAAGGAUUCUGAAAAAGCAAGGGCGACAGCUAGAAGCAAGGCCCCAGCCAGUGUACCCUCUUACAGUUGAAUCGCGAGUGGCACAGGGGAGGGAUAGGCAGCUGUCCCUUGCUUGAUUGAUUGAUGUGGGCAAGAUUUUUUCGAACUAAAAUUAGAAACUAAUAUUUAUAAAUACGUUUACGAAUAGCAAUACUAUUUUAAUACAAUGUCAAUGCAUAUGGGAUGAAAUACGCACUUUAUAUGCACUUUAAUCCAGCAACAUUUUGUCAUGUUACUGUAUUUUCGCGCAGUUACCUGUGAAAGCGGCAGCUGAUCCGUCUCAGACACCGCUGUAAAUAUGGCGCUUCUGCUUAACUUCACCUUUGCAAACUAACGUUUUAAAACAAGGACUCUUCACUUGGUGUUGCGGCCAUGAAAAGAGUUAAUGCAUAUUACAUUUAGUUCACAUUUGAGGCUGUUAUCGCCUAAUUCAGUGGGCAAAAGGAACCAUUUGCAAUUUAUUAGCUAGUAAGCUAACUAGCUAGAUAGUUGCUUUCGUAAAUAAACCAGCUAACGUUAGCUAUUUUGUUUAGCGACCUUGUCUUGAACAAGUAAACGUUCGCAAUAAAUGUAGUUUAAAGUUCUCUGAAACUGAAUUUUUACUUCACUGAAUUGUCUCACUCCGAAAGCUUUACCUUCAUAUGAUUGAAAGCUAAUCCAAUAAUUGCUUGCUAUUGCUAAACCAUCAAGAAGCUCUACUAGUUGGCUUUGUUGCGGCGAGAAAUGGCAGCAGUCGGGUUUUAACAUGGUGGGUGUGUGCCAUCAGUCGGGUUUUAACAUGGUGGGUGUGUGCCAUCAGUCGGGUUUUAACAUGGUGGGUGUGUGCCAUCAGUCGGGUUUUAACAUGGUGGGUGUGUGCCAUCAGUUAGGACCGUGGACAUUAACCUGGUUUCACGAUAAGACAUGUAUGAUUCGCACCAAUGUCGUAUCCUUGCACACGAACGUAAGUCAAAGACAUGCACAAAGCUGUACAUUUCGAAUGCAAGCGUAUAAACUACAUAACAUUUUGUCCCCCCCCCCUUAUAGCCUUUGUUUCCUAAGCCAUUUAUAUGUAAAUAUACAUGCAUGUUUCAUUCUCGUUUUGACGAAUACCUUACAGUCAAAUAGGUAGCUGCAUUAUCGUGUAUGUUGCACUACAGGGAGUAGAUUAUCUCUGUCAGAGCAAUCCAGCAUUGCCUUGUUCUAUUCAUAAACAUGGACAAUUAAUCAAGUGUAAAAGUGGAAUGUAAUCGUGUUUAGGCCAUUAAAAACAUUCUUUAUUUCUAUGGUUUAGACUACAAUAAGGGUAAAAUAUUUAUAGCACUUGGUCUUUCAAAGAGGGAAAAACAAUUCAAUAGAUUAGAAUAGAAUAUUGUUUACCAAAUACAAAUGUCAGUUUUUGUAACUUGUCCCGUUUUCAAAUAAUCUCCAUUUAUCAUGAAGAGUAAUUUAUACUAUAAUAGCCUUUUUGAAUUCUCAACAGUGUGUGGACCUAUGUGUUUUUCUAGGUCCGCCAACAUGAUGGCUGCCCAGUCGGAAUCCAUAGACGAGUACCUGGAGGGAGAGCAGCAGAUGCUGGGGGCGGAGCAGGCGGACGGUGACGAGGGUUUGGAUGCAGCCUCCAGUCCAACCCCCACUGAGCCCCAGACCCCCAUGGAUGUAGAUAAGGCUUCCAUAUACCGGCAUCCCUUGUUCCCUCUCCUGGCCCUGCUCUUUGAGAAAUGUGAGCAGUCUACACAGGGCUCAGACUGCGUCACGUCAGCCAGCUUCGACGUGGACAUUGAGAACUUCGUCCGUAGCCAGGAGAAGGAGGGCAAAGCCUUCUUCAGUGAGGACCCUGAUCUCGACAAUCUGAUGGUGAAGGCCAUCCAGGUGCUGCGGAUCCACCUGCUGGAGCUGGAGAAGGUCAGCGACCUGUGUAAGGACUUCUGCAGCCGCUACAUCUCCUGCCUCAAGACCAAGAUGAACAGCGAGACGCUGCUGAGUGGAGAACCUGGCAGCCCCUACUCAUCUGGACAGGGUUUCUCCCCCACCAAGAUACAGACGUCCAGCUCUUUCACAGGAACCCUCAGUCCCCAGGGGAUUGUGGUGCCAGCAUCGGCCCUGCAUCAAGGCAACGUCACCGUGACAACAGUCAACCCCACACAGGUUAUAGCAGGUAUGUCACCCUGGCAUACAACAACCACAGGUGGCACAGUCUACCAACCAGUCACAGUAGUCAACUCACAGGGCCAGGUGGUGUCACAGACACUCUCGCCCCAGACCAUAUGCAUCCAGAACACACAGCUCCAGCUGCAGCUCAACCAGGACCUGAGUUUCUUCAACCACGACGACAGCUCACCCAAGAACAAGCGUGGCGUUCUUCCCAAACAAGCCACCAACGUCAUGCGCUCCUGGCUCUUCCAGCACAUCGGGCACCCCUACCCCACGGAGGAUGAGAAGAAGCAGAUCGCUACCCAAACUAACCUGAGCCUCCUCCAAGUCAAUAACUGGUUCAUAAACGCGCGGAGGCGAAUCCUGCAGCCCAUGCUGGACGCCAGCUCUUCGGAGACACCCAAAACCAAGAAGAAACCUCCUCCGAACAGGCCGCUACAGCGCUUCUGGCCUGACUCCAUCGCCACGGGGAUGACCCAACAACAGGUCCAGAUGCCAGAUGGAACCACGGUGAUGAUGAGUGUGGAGGGUCUCCGGAGCCUGACAUCAGACGGUGCCGCGCUGGCCGUGCAGCAGGUGAUGAUGGGCGGGCACAGCGAGGACGAAUCAGGAGACAGCGGGGACGAGGACGAUGAUGACGACAUGGCUGGGCUGGGCCUGGACAACAGCGACUCCCUGCAGUAGGACACAGACGUACUGUUCUCACACACACGAAGACAUACACACUUAAAAACAAACUUUAAUAUGUAUAUGUGUGUGUGUGUGUGUGUGUGUGUGUGUGGUGGUUAAGACCAUCAACUGACCCAUUAUGUAGGUAGGCUGAUAAUGAAUAAGGCGGGCUGAUAAUGAAUUGCAACACACACUUAGAACCAAAUCAGAGCCAUUUUUGAUGCUCUGCUAAAAAUAGGAUGGCUCAGAUUAUGUAUGUACUGUUACUGUAGAUAGACUGGUGUUGCAUCGCGAGUACACAAUGCAAGUAUACGCUCUCGAUCGGUUUACACAGAGCACAAGCACUGGACAUACGGGAUCACUCCUGAUGUCCCUUUAAUGAAUGGAGUGUCUUGUGUGUGUGAGGAGUUGGAUUUCAGAAAGCGUUUUUACUAUGUCGUCUGCUUGUGUAGGCCAGUGUUUUUCUGUAUAAUAUCAUUGUAUGUUCCAAAAGGCCGAGAACGGAAGCAGCAACAAACAAAGAAAUCGAGUGUUAAAAAACACACUCUGAAGCUCCGUUACUAAAUGUUGAAUGAUUUCUGAUUUUUGGAUUUAAUCUCUUUGUUGGUUGCCAACACUUUCAAGUUGUAUCUGUAAUGGGUUUUGUUCACUUUGCAUGCCUGUGUUUGACUACAUGUGCCUACUCUGAUUAGGACUGGCUUACAGGCAGAGCCCAUGGUGUACAGGAAGACCCUAUAGGUCCAGAAAAGCCCAUUAGGAAAAUUAAAGUAAAGAGGCUUAUUUUUAUAUACAAACAUGAGAAGUAUGUUUUUUGUUUGGUGUUCUCUUGUUUUGUUUGGAAUGUUUAUGUACAAAAGUUUUGUUAUUGAAACUAGCGGCCCUGUUUUCCAGGGUCCAAUUAAGUUUUCUAAAUAUUGAUGACAAAUGAGAAGAAAAAAAUUGAUUAUGUCAAAUGGUUUUUAACACGAUCCGAAAAAGCCUUAUUUACAGUUAACUGCCAAAAUAAUGGAAACACUUAAGUAAAUGAGGGAUACAAAGUAUAUUUAAACCAGGGAGUUCUACACAGGGUCUGGUUUGGGAGUUUAAUUAACACAUUAGCAUCCCAUCUUGCUUAGGGUCAGGUAUUAAAAAUGCCCAGUUGCUGAUUUAUUAUGGCUAGAAGAGGUCUCCGUGACUUUGAAAGAGGGGUCUCAAAGGAGCAUGGUUUAAAGUGUGUGUGUGUGUUUGUCUCAGUUACCAGAUCUCUACCAAAUUGAACACUUAUGGGAGAUUGUGGAGCGAUGCCUGAAACAGCGUUUUCCACCAUCAAUAGAACACCAAAUGAUGGAAUGUCUCGUAGAAGAAUGGUGUUGCAUCCCUCCAGUAGAGUUCCAGAAUGGUGUUGCACCCCUCCAGUAGAGUUCCAGAAUGGUGUUGCACCCCUCCAGUAGAGUUCCAGAAUGGUGUUGCACCCCUCCAGUAGAGUUCCAGAAUGGUGUUGCACCCCUCCAGUAGAGUUCCAGAAUGGUGUUGCAUCCCUCCAGUAGAGUUCCAGAAUGGUGUUGCACCCCUCCAGUAGAGUUCCAGAAUGGUGUUGCACCCCUCCAGUAGAGUUCCAGAAUGGUGUUGCACCCCUCCAGUAGAGUUCCAGAAUGGUGUUGCACCCCUCCAGUAGAGUUCCAGAAUGGUGUUGCACCCCUCCAGUAGAGUUCCAGAAUGGUGUUGCACCCCUCCAGUAGAGUUCCAGAAUGGUGUUGCAUCCCUCCAGUAGAGUUCCAGACACCUGUAGAAUCGACUUAACGGCACAUUGAAGCUGUUCUGACGGCUCCUUCUGGCCCCUACACACUAUUAAGUUGGGGUUUCCGUUAUUUUAGCAGUUACCGGUAUGUUCUUUUUGUAAAGACAUAACUAAUAGUGAAAAGCACAGAAAGCCUAACUAGUAGAAGCUACACUCCACUGCACUUCAGUAUACUCCAGCAUUUUGGGAUUUGAGAUCUCAUGUUUAUAUGAGGAGACAGUACAGAAAGCCACCUCUUUUAUUUGAGGGAAUUUUCAUACGUAUCUUGUUUUUAUAGUUUAGAAAUUAAUGCACUUUAUGUAUCUAGUCCCCUCCAUUUGAAUUACUAUUAGGACAAAUGAACUUUAUCGUGUUUUAACAGUUUGUAAAACAAAUUGUGGUAUUUGGUCCCAUAUUCCUUGCACACAAUGACUGCAUCAAUCUUGUGACUCUAGAAACUUGUUGGAUGCAUUUACAGUUUGUUUUGGUUGUGUUUCGGAUUAUAUUGUGCCAAAUAGAAAUUAUUUAAAAAUAUAUAUAUAUUUUACUUCUGUUUAACUAGAGACAAGUGAGUUAAGAACAAAAUCUUAUUUUCAAUGACGGCCUAGGAACAGUGGGUUAACUGCCUUGUUCAGGGGUAGAAUGACAGAUUUUUACCUUGUCUGCUCAGGGAUUUGAUUUUGCUAUCUUUCGUUUAAUAGUCCAACUCUCUAACCACUAGGCAACCUAUAGAAAUUCAUGGUGAAUAGUGUAGUGUCAUUUUGGAGUCACUUUUUAUUGUAAAUCAACACUGCUACGUUAAUGUGGAUGCUACCAUGAUUACGGAUAAUCAUGAAUUAAUCGUGAAUAAUGAUGAGUGAGGAAAGCUAAGGGCAUAAAUGUCAUACCCCGCCAAAGAAUGCUAACCUCUUGUUACUGGUAAUGGUAAGAAGUUAGCAUGUGUUGGGGGCAUGAUCUUUGUGAGUCUGUAGAUGCAUGAAGUGCAUUCAAUUUCUAAACUGUUAAACAGAUAUGUAUGAAAAUAGCCUCAAAUAAAAGGUGACUUUCUGUACUGUCACUGUCAAAUUAAACAUUUUAGUGUCACGGUCCAAAUAAAUACAUAGGGCUAUAGGGAACGUAGACAACGGAAGCUAAACUACAGUAGAGUGGCAUAGUAAUAUGUGACAUUGACAAUUGCAGUUGGGAUUGAAAUUCAGAAAUAUACUUGAUUUGCAGUACCCUCAUUUUCUGCAAACAAGUCCAGUUUUGCCAGUGUGUCAUUUAAAAAAAUAUAAAUCAUUUAUAGUAGUUCUGUAGAUGUCACUCUCUUUUCAAGUGCACAGUUCAGUAUACUACGCUUAUUGCAACAGUCACAAGGAACGGAAAUAGACAUUAUGGUACUCAGGCAGACAGAUCCACAACACAGAGAUACAGUACAGAUGCAAUCAGUCUAAAAAACCAUGGCUAUGUUGCAUGCGUUUAAUAUUUGAUUUAUGUACAUAUACAUAUUGCAUUAGAGGCAGAGAGCAGUAGGGAUCCUCUGACCUCACAGGCAGCACAUUGGUCCUCAGUUUGAGAAGGACUGGAGUUCUGUGGCUGAUCUAGGGAUAGCUUUUCCUUUAAUGUUUUCCAAAUGCGCCAUCUAAUAUUAUUGCAUAAAGUUCAGGGCCUUUUAUUGUUGGGAAAACCUGCACCAAUAUACUGUAUAUUUGCAAUCUUAUGCUUCUAUUUUCUGUCAUUCAGGAAAAACUGACAUGAGAUUUAGAUCCCCACAGAGUGUUUCUGUCUCAGGGUCAGGUGGCUCUCAGCUGCUCUCUCUUUCUUUCUCUGUCUCUCUCUCUUUCUCUUUCUCUGUCUCUCUCUCUCUCUCUCUCUCUCUCUCUCUCUGUCUCUCUCUCUCUCUCUCUCUCUGUCUCUCUCUCUCACUGUCUCUCUCUCUCUCUGUCUCUCUGUCUCUCUCUCUGUCUCUCUGUCUCUCUCUCUCUGUCUCUCUCUCUCUGUCUCUCUCUCUCUGUCUCUCUCUCUCUCUCUCUCUGUCUCUCUCUCUCUCUCGCUCUCUCGCUCUCUCGCUCUCGCUCUCUCUCGCUCUCUCUGUCUCUCUCUCUCUCUCUCGCUCUCUCUCUCUCUCUUUCUCUGUCUCUCUCGCUCUCUCACAUCUCUGCUGUUUUUUUUGUGUGUUUAAAAAAAAUCUACUGUUGACUUUUCUCUGUUUUGCCUUAGAGCUUUUCUAUUUUGGAAUAAAUUAUGCUUAACCUCUUA